AUGACCUCCCUCUUCUUUUCGACCCCGCUCGACAUCGAUAUCGUCCUUGAGGAUGGCGACGAGCGCCAGAUGGUGGAUGCCAAGCUGGACAAGGGCCAUCGUGAGAAGGUCCCUUUAUACAUGGAUGGGGAGUCUGUCAAGGGUGCUGUAACUGUACGACCAAAAGAUGGAAAGCGAUUGGAGCAUACAGGCAUAAAGGUGCAGUUCAUCGGAACGAUAGAAAUCUUCUACGACAGAGGCAACCACCACGAAUUCCUAUCUUUGGUCCAGGAACUCGCAGCCCCUGGCGAGCUACAACAUCCGCAAACCUUCCCAUUCAACUUCAAAAACGUCGAGAAACAAUACGAAUCCUACAAUGGCAUCAAUGUGAAGCUACGAUAUUUUGUCCGGGUGACGGUGUCAAGACGCAUGGCGGACGUGAUUCGAGAGAAAGACUUAUGGGUUUAUUCUUAUCGCAUGCCGCCCGAGACCAACAGCCCGAUCAAGAUGGACGUCGGUAUCGAAGACUGUCUACACAUCGAGUUCGAAUACUCCAAAUCAAAGUACCACCUCAAAGACGUCAUCGUGGGACGCAUCUAUUUCCUUCUAGUGCGGCUGAAGAUCAAGCAUAUGGAGUUAUCGAUCAUUCGAAGGGAGACGACAGGAGCCCGGCCAAACGAGUACAACGAAAGCGAAACACUGGUGCGAUUCGAGAUCAUGGAUGGAUCACCAUCACGAGGUGAAACUAUCCCCAUCCGUUUGUUCCUCGGUGGAUUUGAUUUGACGCCCACGUUCCGAGACGUCAACAUGAAGUUCUCGACACGUUAUUAUCUGAGUUUGGUGCUCAUUGACGAAGAUGCCCGCCGGUACUUCAAACAAUCUGAAAUCAUCCUCCACCGUCUCGCUCCCGAAAUUCCGCCCACACCCGAAGUAGCCCGCCAGCAGAAAAUCCAGAUGGAGCAGGCCGAAAAGGACCAACAGCGCCAGCUCCCACCAGGAUCUGCAACGCCUGGUCCAGGCAGGGAACCGCAUCCUACUACGUCUCUUACUAGUACAACCACGGGCCAACCGGCGGUCCCAGCUCCUGUGGCUUAG